CCGAAAGCGUUUCCAGGACUCAUGGAUGAACAGAUCCUGCCAGAAACAGCAAGGUGGAAGGCUGACAACAAUAAUCCGUACAACUGGUCACCGGCAAAGAAGAACUGGGUCUUUUUUGUUCUCAUGAUGAUCAUCCUGAGUAGUUCUCUCGGAAGCUCCUUGCCGAGUAAUGCGAUUCCUUUCAUUGCGGAGGACUUUGGCGUCGGGUCACAGUCAGAAAAGACCUUGCCCAUGUCUUGCUAUUUAAUAGGCUAUGUAUUUGGCCCUUUAGUAUGGGCCCCAACAAGUGAGCAACGUGGCCGCCGAAACAUCGCCAUCGGGACAUUCAUACUCUUCACGGUGUUUAUCAUGGCAUGUGCCUUAUCCAAUAGCUGGUCAGCCUUUCUGGUAUUUCGACUCCUGGCUGGGAUAUUUGCCAGUGGUCCUAUUGCCGUCGCGACUGGUGUGCUGGCAGACAUUUACCAAGAUCCCCGAAUUAGGGGACGUUCAGUUGCACUUUAUCUGGUGGUCACCUCGUUUGGUCCACUACUGGGCCCUAUUGUAUCUGGCUUUGCAUCUCCGACAUUGGGCUGGAGAUGGUCCUUCUGGAUCGGUCUGAUCCUAGCAGGAGUGACUCUAACUCUUCUGAUCUCACUUCCUGAAACACACGGCGCCUUACUUCGCGCAGCAAAAUCAAGCCAUCAUGACUCAGUGCCUCCAAAUCGACCCGACCGCGAUUCAAGCAAAUACAUCAGCACCGUACUCCUCCGUCCUUUACACAUGCUCUUCUUCGAGCCCAUCGUCAGUGCCUCAUCGGCUUAUCUAGCCCUAUGCUACAGCAUAUUCUACAUGUCUUUCGAGGCGUACCCCAUAAUCUUCCAAAACAUAUACGGCAUGUCUCCAGGGAUUUGUGGACUAACAUACCUCCCCAUCGGAGCAGGCUGUAUCCUCUUCCUCCCAAUCUUCUGGCUAUACGACAGCUACAUGGUCCGGUUAGAGCUACAACAAAAAGCAUGGUUUCUGAAAAAGAAAAGGGAGUAUCUCCGCCUCCCACUCGCAUGUCUCGGAGGCCCACUCUUCGCCGGCUCUCUAAUCUGGCUCGGCUGGUCCGCUCGCACGGAUGUGUCUUUUGUUGUGCCUCUGAUGGCCGGAGUGCCUUUCGGGUUUGGGUUCAUAUGUAUUUUCAUUGCAUUGGUGAAUCACCUAACAGACGCGUAUGAGAUCUAUUCCGCGUCAGCAAACGCUGCAUCGAGUUGUUCGAGAAGUCUUCUGGCGACGGUUCUUCCUCUUGCUACGCGUCCGAUGUUUGAUAAUCUUGGUGUUGAUGGUGCGUGUAGUUUGCUUGGUGGGCUAAGUGCCUUGAUGUGUGUUAUUCCCUUUGUUUUUAUUUGGAAAGGGGAUGCUAUUCGACGGCGGUCUGGGUUUUGUAAUAUGUUGGAGAAGACCGAUAAUGGUGAUGAAGUUGGAGAGUCAGAGGAGGUGUAGAUGGAGCUCAUGAGUGGG